UUUUAGUUAAUGAUAAUAAUUACCCAACACAAUUUCAGUAAUAAAUGCUAACAGGCUGCGCACUCUGUGUUUUUGUUUAUGUCCACAGGGCCCGGGCCGGGGCGUUAUGCUCUUCCCCCCACUAUCGGUUACAUCAACCAUGAUUACACCAAGCCCAGCAGCCCGGCCUACUCCUUCCACAGCCGCAUGAGCAGCAACAUGGUGUCUGUGGAUUCCAGUCCAGGGCCGCAAUAUCAUGUAGAUGCCAAAAUGACACGCUUUGGUAGAGACGGUACCCCAUCGUACUCCAUGCUGGGCAGAAAGAAGAAGACAGCUGAUACAUUCCAGACUCCUGGACCCGGAGCGUACAGUCCUGAGAAAGCUCCACCUUUGAACCUUCACCACAAACCUCCGUCUUACACCAUGGCCUACCGCACACGCUACCGUAGUGUGGACCCUGUACCGGCCCCCAACCGCUACACCUUACCCAACCUCUUCAGCUCUCACGUUCCUCACAAACCCGCCAGCGCUAGCUUCACCAUGUCAGCACGCAGGAAAGCAGGCGGCCCAUCGGAGGACCUAUCCAUGACCCCAGGGCCUGGCCGUUACAACAGCACAGAGCCGAGCGUUUACCUGAACAGACAGCCUUCUUUCUCCCUGCAAAGCCGUAGUAAUAUUCCCAGCGAUGCCACUCGGAAGCCUGGUCCAGGCACGCACAGCCCAGAAAAGGUGACGGCACACCUGCCUCGUGCACCGUCUUUCUCCAUGGGUGUUCGUCACUCAGAGUUUGUAACACCACUGAUUGUUGACGUAUUAGAGUAUUAGACAUAUUAGUAUUAAAUGUAUUAGAGUGAAGGGUUUCAUGCACUGCUUUGUGGGUACCUAUAAAAAGGAUUUGGCUGUAUGUCAAAAAAUAUUACGUUAAGGGAAAAAUAAAGCCACAAUCUUCAUUACCUGACCUGACCUAUUUUAUGUAAAGAG